AUGAUGCACAAGCUGGUCAUCGGCUUCGCCGUCGUCGGCGAGCGCCACGAUCCAGGAAACGUUCAAGGUCGCGAGCACGGACGACUACAUCAUGAUGCGGACUUGACCCAGCAGCAAGCUGGCAUGCGUCAUGCAGACAACAUGCGAAAGCUCUUCGCGUUGGCGGACCAAGACGGCGAUGGAAGGGUGAGCCGUGAAGACGUGGAGGCGGCGAUCAACAACCCGAGCGUGCGGAGCUGGAUAGCGGCCAUGGAGCUGGACUGCGAGGACUUGGACAGGAUGUUCGCGCUGAUGGACGCGGAGCAGGGCGGGGUCGGCUUCAUCACCAAGGACUUGUUUGUGUACAUGAUGGCCAGGAUGAAGGGGCCAGCGCGGAACCUGGACGUGAAGGAGAUAUUGUAUAGGACGCAGGCGAGCGACUGCCACAACGGCGGGGUGAAGACCCAGGUGCUCACAGGCUCGACCCUGCCGUUCUCCUCAGACGAGGGCUGCUCCAGCAGCGCCAGCGGUCACUCGCUCGCGGCGACCCCCGCCCUGUACAGGCAGACCUCGGCAGAGCACUGUGCGCACGGCAGCGCCGGUGAUCUCGAGCGGCAGCGCGAGAGGACGGCCUGA